CAGCCAUUCGAACGCCCGCGUUUUUAAUAGCCCUUCAACAGCAGCAAGCACGGCACUAAACCACUAUCGGGCGAAUUUGUUUAUGGGCGACUGUCAUGGUAUUGUAAAUGCCGUUUAUGCAAAUUAGUGACGCCAUCGCUAAGAAACUGUGGAUGAAUGGGAAUCUUGCGUUUGAAAGUGAAGCCGUACCAUUCGAGGAAAUUAGCAGUUUACAGACGGGAAAACAGUUUUCUCGAUAAAAAAGAUCAAGUCAGGUAAGCACCAUCCAUCGCAGUGGAGUUGUAUUUGGUCUUUGAACUUUGAGGGAAAGUACUCAGGAAACGAUUGGUGUUUUGUGAGGCAGACGGUGAGGAAGUGGAAGACUAUAAUCAAUAUAUCUAUAUUCGAUUGUUGAAAUCAAAACUAUCUGAAUGAUCACAUGAGUUGUCACGUCUCAAUCAUUGCACAAUAUCGGAAACAUUAACGGGCUGAACAGCGGGUCGGAAUGAAACAACUGCAUGAGUAACACAGCCGAGUGAAGAACAACACUAUAGCCGGGUGAACGACACAGAAUUUGGUGCAUGGGACUCUACAGCAAGACUGUUGGACCAGCCAGUAGCAACAGAAGAACUGCAUGAGUGGUAUAGCCGAUUGUCGAAUAUCAAGGACAACCGACACAAAACUCAAAGUGCUGGACUUUCAAAAGACUGAGUGAACAAGGUGUUUUUAAUCGGAGGAAAUGUUCACCAACAACUUUUGCUGUAUGCCUGCAAUAUAAGCAGUCUCGAGAGGAUUUAUUCUUUGGAAGAAGAUAUUUUGGACGCAGAUAUCAUCAGAGAUUAUAUAGAUGUUAAGAAUAUAAAAAUCAUCAUGGAUACUCGUCUUUUUAGCUCUGUCUUCAGACUACUUUUGACCACCAUACUGAUUUCAAGAUGUAGUGCAGAAAUAGUAGUCACAGAAUCCCCUUCGGACACAAUCGUUGCUCUGGGUUUUCCCGCCGUGUUUCAUUGCUUGGGGCAAAACAAUCCACACAUGGAGUCACUCUAUACGAUAGUGGAAUGGAAGCACAACAAUGUGGUUAUCACUCCGGGUGGGCGCUUUCACGUCUUCUCGAACGGAACGCUCGACAUCAAAUGGACAGAGAUCGGGGAUGCGGGAAACUAUAGCUGUAAGCUGACAAUCGAAGAUGCGUACGGCGUUGUAAAGGAUACACAAAUUUUGCCGGCUGCAUGGCUCUACUUUGCCUUUCUUGAUGAUAUCUUUUACCAGCCAACCAACAUGACGGUGGUUGACCUGCAGUCCGCACCUGCUUACUUUCAGUGUAUCACCGGUGAUAGUUUGCCACUAGCCACUAUCAGCUGGGAAAAAGAUGGAGUGCCAUUGGUCGAUGACCAAAACAACGUGGUCAUCUACUCUUCCCAAUUUGGUGACCAAAAUUCUCUCAAGGUGUCUGGAACCCUCCAAAUUAACAAUGUCCGUUCGGUCCAUGCCGGUCAAUACCGAUGCGUGGUCACCAAUCCCUACCUGCCUGACCACCCAGCAAGAAGUUGGCCGGCCACUCUGACCGUUGGACCCAAUCCUGGUGCUCCAUAUGUCAGCCUCGCCCCGACCAGUCAGAUAGUUGCGAUGGGGCAAGCGGCCAUCUUUCCUUGUGUCAUCCUCGGUGACCCUGCCCCAGCCAUCACCUGGCGCCAGGAAGGAGCAGCUGCAAACAUUGCGAACUCCACCGAGGUCCAGGUCCUCUUAAACGGUUCCCUGCGGUUCUCGUCGGUCACCCAAGCCCAGGAGGGUAGCUAUGUGUGCACCGGGACCAGCAUGCUUGGGACUGUGUCUGCCCCCAGCGUCACACUUUUCUCAGCAAGUAUGGACUGGAGCUUUGUGAUAGAACCCACUGAUCUUGAUGUCCUAGAAGGGUCACCUUCGACCUUCUUCUGCCGGCCACCAUUCAGCCGACCUACAGCUAAUGUCACAUGGUACAAGGACUCUCUCCUCUACACCCCACGAACAGGAGCGCAGAUAUUGAGUGAAGGAGACCUCUAUUUCUCUGCUGCUAUGAAAUCAGAUGAGGGGGUUUAUUUCUGCGUGGCCAGCAAUGACUUCAUCCCUCGGCAGGUGACAUCACAGUCUGCAACAUUUACAGUGUCAGUUGGAACAAGCAUCGUCAGUCCUCCCAACAGCACUGAAGUGGUUCUAGGUAAUGAGUUGAGUUUGACAUGUGUGGCGGAGGGUGACCCCGCACCAAUUAUCACAUGGUCCAAAGAUGGCCGACAGCUGACAGCAGAUGAACGGACUACCAUUGGGUCCAGUGGGCUACUUCACAUCCGAAACAUAGUCGCUAUUGAUGAGGGAACAUACCGGUGUGAAUCUACUAACCUAUACAACACAGCCACAGCAUCAGCAUUUGUUAAUGUACUUAUUCCACCUCAGAUCACAGCCAGUCCAGGCGAGGUCACCGUAGGUCAGGGGUCACAGACCACCAUUACCUGCACCGUCAUAGGUGACCCAAUCCCGACGGUCUCAUGGUUCAAAGACGACAUGCUUCUGCAGAUUGACCCCUCCGACCCGUCCAACGUCCAGACCAACGCCGGUCUGGUGAUCUCCGAUGCCCAGCCCUACCAUGCAGGGAGUUACCGUUGUCAGGCCGAGAGCAGCGUUGGGACGGCAGAGUCCACGGGAACGCUCGUUGUAUGGACCGUCCCUGAGUUCAUUGUCGAACCAGAAAACCAGACUGCCCUGGAGUACAUGGUCGUCACCUUCCAGUGCAACGCAACGGGCACGCCAGCUCCGUCUCUGUCCUGGUUGUUCAACGAGGGUGCCCUGCCAUCCUGGGCCAGCGUCGAUGAGGAAGGAAGAAGACUCAACGUCCCGAAUGCUCUCUCUGAGAAUACGGGGAAGUACACAUGUGUGGCCACCAACGCUCAGGGAUCAGCGAGGGUAGAGGCGUAUCUGGAUGUUUUGGUUGAGCCCUCCGUGACGCCACUCCCCAACCUUACCCUGGAAGCUGGUCAGCAACUGAUCGUCACCUGCCAGGCCAGUGGUCAUCCAGACCCUACCUACACCUGGUUGAAUGAUCAAGACCCCCUUCAGUCAAGGGGUAGGGUGUCGCUGACCAACACAGGGGUUCUGACCAUCGCAGAGCUCAGCAAAAGUGACCAGGGCUGGUACAGCUGUGUGGCAUCCAAUAGUGUCGGCAAUGGGAGAGAGACCUUCUACCUCACUAUUGUGGAUGUUCCCGGUCAGCCUACACUCUUGGAAGCAUACCCCCUCUCUGCCACCUCAGUGCACCUUGCAUGGAUUGCUGGGGGAGAUGUUGUCGACACAGCCUACUACCAGGUCCAAUACAGACUCAGUACCUCGCAAACUUGGUUGACCUAUGUGGAUAAUUUGGAAGCAAUGGCUGGUAACCAAACCUACAUGCUUCACAGCUUGGAGGAGAACCAGGAGUAUCAAGUGAGGGUUGUUGCAAAGAAUGCCGUUGGACAGACUCCGAGCACGAUGGUGGUAGUGAUGACACCAUCAGUAACAGGUCCAUCUGCACCCAGGAACGUCCGUGUCACGUCAUAUAACGGAACAUCGAUCAGUCUCGUAUGGGAGGUCCCUGCCGAUCGGAAUGGACCCAUUGAAAUCUACAUGGUGGAGUACCAUAUCACUGGUACAAUGGAUUUCAUGAUCAAGGAGAUUCCAGGUGGUGGUCAAGCUACCAUUACGGCCAUGGUAAGUGACCUUCGACCCUUGACCAGCUACCAGCUAAGGGUCAGUGGAGCCACGCUACACAAGGGGCUAAGACAGCCAGGGAAUUACAGUGAUUACCUGGAGCAGACCACUGGCACAGCAGCACCGGAUGGAGCUCCUUCAAAUUUGACUUUAGAGGUUUCAUCCUCAACCUCAAUCACAGCAUCAUGGGAGCCAAUUCCCGCUUUAAACCAGAACGGAGCCAUCACAGGCUACAUGGUCCUGUACCGCCUGUCUGAAAGUUUGGAAGACUUCGUUAUGAGUGAGGCCAUUGGUGCUGCGACCUCUUACCUAUUGACUGGUCUAUCACCCUGGACAACAUAUGAGGUCAAAGUUCAAGGGGUCAACGGAGACGGUGUAGGUCCUUCCAGCGACAGUGUGGUGGCUAAGACCUUAGCCGAUGCCCCAACUGAUGUCCCACAGAAUGUAUCAUUAUCAACAGUCAAUAAAACAUCAAUCAGUGUCACAUGGGAGCCUGUCCCAGAAUCCGGUAGAAACGGUCUCAUCGAUGGCUACACUGUAUUCUAUAGAGCAGCCGGUGUUUCUGGAUUCAGCGAAAGCCACCUAGCUCCAACAGAGACAUCGCUUAUUAUCACGGAUCUGGACGUUGCCCAGGAAUACCAGGUGCAGGUCCUGGCCUUCAACUUGGUGAAUGGAGUGAUGAAGAUCGGGCCUAGGUCUGCCAUUCAAUCUAUACCAACGGCUGAUGGGCUUCCUGGACCUGUUGUUGGUCUAACGGCAUACCCACAUGAGACUUCCAUUAGACUGAGAUGGAACCCUCCUGUCAUCACGAACGGCCUGAUCCAGGGCUAUGCCAUCAAGUAUGUGUCUAUGCAACGAAACAACCCUACAACAACAACAGCAACAACACAGGCCACUCCCACUGAAACAACAAGCCCCUCCCCCUUCACUACACCAUAUGAAGAGGCAACAGCUGCAGGUGCAGUAAACAGGACCAGACGACAGACUGUCAAUACCUUUACAAACGAGACCCAUGGGAUUAUUGAGACUGCGGAGACCAGUCACACCCUGACAGACCUGCUAGCGGAGAGUAGGUACUGGGUUGGUGUCAUCUCCAAGACCAGUGCCGGCUUCUCGCCUGAUGUUGUCAGUAUCUACGUUAUCACGGGUAAACUACCUCCAACUCUUGGUGCUACUACUCCUGCUCCUACCAUAACAACAACCAAUGCAACGAUUGUAACAUCCAGCUUUGAUACUUUCUUUGAUCUUUUCAAUCUACCAAAGACAUCUUUGAUCCUCUUCCUGUCUAUCAUUGGUGUUGGAUUCCUGGCCAUCAUCCUGGCCAUCGCGGUCUUCUCAGCCUGGUGCAGUGGACGUCGAAGUCAUCCUCGCCACAUCAAGAGGAAAGCAACGCUUUUGAUACCAAACGAUGGCCGCUCUUCUCCAGGGGGUAGCAUGCCAAGUGAUGAUGUCAUAAUGGCCGACCAUUCACAUUCCGCCAGCAAUUCUGUCUGCCGAUCACACUCCCCCAGCGCAAGCAGCGGCCUGGCCGCAUCCACGGAGCUCCCCUCGACGGCGGGGACGACGCCCAUGAUAGACUCUCAGCCUCUGAUCCACGACAGCGGGAGCGACAACCCCGACUACAGCGACCACUCGGACCCCAGCCGACCCCGGGCUAGCUCGUCCCCUGCGAGUGCCCAGCAUUCGGUGAGGGCCAUCCCCCCGCCACUGACCCUCCCCGCAACUGCUUCGGUUAACCUAUACCCCACCGCUCCGAACCCACGAAACGGAAGAUUAAAUACCGGUAAUGAUUUGUUAGACACGUCACCAGCAGGCUUAGAGGCACUAUAUUCAAGGGUAAACCGAAGCAAUCUACAAGCACCUUCACGAUUAAAGAAAGACAGCCUGGCUGCCAUAGCAGUCUUGCUCGAUCAAGAAGAGAACGAGUCCGACCUCCGACCCCUGGACAGUCCGCCCUCAGUAGUCAUAUCCAAUCAAAGGACAACAUUAUAGCCCAUUCUGACCAAUGGGAAAUCAGGAAAUAUUUUUUUAUAAACAUUUGAAAACUUAUGACCAAAGAACCCGUUUGCCAACUCAAAGUGAGGGUUGGUGAUUGAAAUUAUUUUUUAUUCUUGUUGUAAAGGACGCCAUCUCUUGUUGGUUGGUCAUGUGAAUACGUUGUGAGAUAUUUCAGAACAAAUGAAAUGGGCACCCAACUGAGACAGAUACCAGUCUUCAUCAGUCGUCAUCAUCUUCAUUAUUGUCAUCAUAAUUUUCAUCAUCGUCAUCAUCAUUGUCAUCGUCAUCACCAAUGUCAUCAUCAUUGUCGUCAUCAUGACUAUUGUCAUCAUCAUGGCCCUCUGGAAGACCACUACAUGUAUUGGUGAAUGGAAUUCCCCGAAUAAAUAAAAAAUCAAUAAAUAAAUAAAUCUUCAUUAUUGUCAUCAUCAUCGUUGUCAUCAUAAUUGAUUUGGAACUCAAGUGACAGAGGUUGUGAGAAUAGGAGCAAAUAUGAGUCUGGAUUCCCGAGUAUGUUGGGAGAAACUGUCAGACAGCAUCUUCGAAGCAAUGUCUAAUGCUUGCCUUCCAUAAUGAAAGACCUCCCUACUCCCAGUCAUCCAGGAUGCCCUACUCUCUGAUGCAGGAAUCACCUUAAACGUGACACUUGGUCAUUCUUAAAGGUUUCCAAGAGAUCAACCAUUAACACAGUGAAAUGGAAGAGGCCGACUCAUCAAAGAGCAAGUGGAUACUAUCACCUGUACCCUUGGAGGGUAAUCCAACCCAAAUAAAACAUUGUUUUAAGAGGAAAAAGAAAGAAGAACUCAGAAUUUCAUGGAACAUUUAAUGGGGUGGAGGGGAGGUCCAAAAAAAAUUAUGCAUAUGUCAAGAAUCUCUAGUUUUGACUCAACCUGAUGCAAUUUUUAGUUAACCAGUGGCUACAUAAGAUUUUGAUAUAUAUAUAUAUAUAUAUUUUUUGGCCAAGAAUUCAUAUGGGGUCGGAUGGCAUUUUUGUCGUAGUGACAGAUAAUGUAUUGCUAAGUUGCACAGCUACCUGCUGCAUUGAGUUAGCUUUUUCAUCUUAUAAAUGAAAAUAAAUGAAUAAUAAAUUCAAUUCAUCUUAUGAUUUUUAAUUAUAUAUUUGUAUUCUUUUCCAUUUUAUUUUUGCUCUAUGUUCAGUCUAUGUCCUUGGUCAAGUAAUUGCCAAGAUGCCAUCAUGUGCAUAAUGAACCAAGCUUUAGAAGUCUGAUAAUGUUUUCUUGAAGUUGUUAUGUUUACCAUUCUUAUAACAGCAACGCAUUGUGUGAUUGCUACUCCUUUGUAAGCUUUGUAAUAGUUAGUUUUAAAGUGUCUAUUGUAAAAUCAUGGUAUGAAAAGAAAUGUAGAAUUGCUUGUAAUAUGUACAUGUACAAUGUUUUCUUGAAAUCAUUACGUUCUCCAUUCUCAUAAUAACAACAUACUGUGCUAAUUUUGCCCCUUUGUAAUUUUUAUUUAGUUUUGCAGUGUCUAUUGUAAAAUCAUGGUAUGCAAGGAAGUAGUAUGUAGAAUCGUUUGUACUAUGGUAAACAUUUUAUAGAAUGUGGUGCUGUAU